AUGUCCGAGUUACAAGUGAUUAUUGCAGUAGUACUUGUCCUAUCAUUAACAGCGGCAUAUUUGAUUCAUAACCCAGAGAGGCGCCAUCACCCACUCAUUGCAAAAGUGACACCAAUAGAUCCAGAUUUCAAAUGGCAAGAGCAACAGCCACUACCAAUACGCCCAUUCGUUGGUAAACGAAACUUUAAUCCCAAAAUUGGAGUCAAGGACAUAUCAAAUACUCCUAGUGACUGGUUGUUGAUUGAAAACACUUAUCAUAAAGUGACUACAUUAAAGGCACAAUCGCUCAAGGUGAACCCAAAACAAACAAUGCACAUUUUUGAGGAUUCCAAGUCAACAAAAGCACUACAAGAGCUUUAUGAAGUGAUUUUUGAUUUUUACCUACAAAGGUUUCCUCAGUACUUCGUAUUGGAUCCCAAGACUAGAAUGAUUGAAAACAAAAUCAAUGGAUUGAGAUUUAGCAAAGAUGCGAGCAAAUUACCAUCCUAUGAGAUAUUGCUCAAUAUUGGGUCCAACAUGGAAGAGGAUUUCGUAUUGUUGUUGAAGGAUGAUCCAAAUGACAAAGAACAAGAGUAUAUUUUGCGAUCAUCAAUUGUGGGGUUUCCUGCUGGGUUUGACCCCAGUAUCUUGUUCAAUAAACCAAUUUCCUACAUCCACGACUUAGUACCACAAUACAAGCCAAGGUUACAUAGCCCCAUGCACAAGUUUUUCAAUAAUUUGAAGCAAACUGAUUUAUGGGUAAGGCAUAAUUGGUCAAUACAAACUCAUGGUGAUUACUUUACAUUGGCGAAUCAUGCACGAAAGGGCGAGGUGAUAAAGAAGUUAUCAGUCGAAGAUAUUGAUUUUGCCAAUGGAUGCUUUUUGAGAUGUGAAAGACAAGUGUUAACCAGAAUAGCACUAACCGGUGCUGUUGUAAUGACGGUUCGAACAUAUUUAACUAGCUUGGAAAAGAUUAAAAAUGAAGAAAACUUGGGCAAAGAGUUAAUUCGAGGUAUCGAUUUAUUGCCACUGGAUGUGUCAUAUUAUAAGAAAAGGGAGUCUUGGGGCGAUGCGGUCAAGGAGUACUUGUCUACAAAAGAGAAGGAUAUUGGGAUAGAGAAAUAG